AUGCUAAUACAUUCUUUAAUACUAUCUUCACUCAUAAUAUCAGUAUCAUGUCAAAUACAAUUUCAAACAGCAAAAAAAUUAACCAAACCAGAACAAUCACAAUCAUUACAUAAAAGAGAUUCUCAUAUAAAUUUCAUUGAUGAUACCAUAGCUUAUUAUGUUAAUAUAUCAGUUGGCUCUCAAAAUCAAUCCAUAUUAGCAGUCCUAGAUACAGGUUCUUCAGAUCUUUGGUUCCCAGGUUCAAAUAAUUCCAAAUGUAAAGAUGGAAAACCUCAAGGUGAUAGAUUUAUUGAUAGUGUUGAUUUCCCUGAAGGUUCAAAUACAACAAAACAAGAAGAAUUAACUCAGUUGGCUAAAUCUAUACAGAAUUAUUGUUCAAGUGAGAAUGUUUUCAAUUAUCAUGAUUCCAAGACAUGGAAUUCAAAUGAUACUGAGUUUAAAAUUACAUAUUUGGAUGGUUCUUUAUCAACUGGUAUUUGGGGAACAGAUUCAAUAACACUCGAUGGUAUAACAUUAAAUAAUUUUUCAUUUGCAGUGACAAAUAAUUCAAAUGCAUCAGCUAUUUUAGGGAUAGGUUUAUUGAAAAGUGAAACAACAUAUUUAAUAAAUGAUGAACAUUAUACAUAUGCAAAUUUCCCACAAAGAUUAAAAAAUGAUGGGAUUAUUGAUAAAGUUGUUUAUUCAUUGAUUCCUGAUGUCCCAGGGAGUUAUUCAGGUUCUUUAUUAAUUGGAGGUGUGGAUCAUAGUAAAUAUAUUGAUGAAUUAGAGACAAUACCAAUGAUUUCAGAUUCAAGAACUUCAGUUGAAUUAAAUGGUAUAGGAUUAAGUAUUAAUGAUGAUAAUGAAACUUUGAGUUCUGAUGAUUAUGAAACUUUAUUGGAUUCAGGUACAACAACUGCAAAUUUCCCUAAACCAUUAUUAGAGAAAUUAGCUAAUAAAUUAGGAUCUUCUGGAAAGAUUCAUAAACGUGAUAGUUAUGAUUAUUAUGAUGUUGAUUGUUCAUAUUUAGAAAAUGAAGAUGAUUUCAUUUCUUUAACUUUUCAAAAUAAAACCAUUAAAGUCCCAUUGAAAAACAUGAUAACAGAACAUGAUGAUCAAUGUUUAUUGAAGAUAUUAUCAUUAACUGAUGACAUGAUUUUAUUGGGUGAUAUUUUCCUAAGUUCAAUGUAUAUUGUUUAUGAUUUAGAAGAUUUAGAAGUUUCAAUUGCUCAAUUAGAUUUAGAUCCUACAAGUGAAUCAGAUAUUGAAAAAGUUGGAAAUAAUGACCACAAAGCUUCAAUAAGCCAUUCACUUCAUAAUCUUGCUUCAAAAGUUAAAAAAUAUGAUGUUUUUUCUACAGUACUAAUUGAAUAG